AUGUUAUCAAUGCUCUCGGUUGUGUAACUAUUCUUGAAACUUCUUCACAACUAACACACAUAUCUUUAUACACCAUGGAGACUUCAACAACAACCCUCCUACAACAGGAAAGGAUUCCUGAAAACUCUGAACCAAUCUCAACCCAUACACAUACCCACAGCCUUCCUCCUACUCCUCCAGGAACAGCAAAGCCAUCUCGGAUAGGUAGCUUCCACGAUCUACAAGAACUCUCAUCAGUUGAAUCUCCUCGUCUCGACCAUAUCAAGCCUUAUCCUCUACCUCCAAAAUUCUCGCCAAAGUCUGUCCUCAAGGAAGAUCUCAAGACUCCUGAUAACUUUGUUGAGAGAGAUCCACGUCUUAUUCGUCUAACUGGAGUCCACCCUUUCAACGUCGAGGCACCCCUGAGCGACUUAUACGAUGAAGGUUUCCUUACCAGCGAGAACCUUCACUAUGUCCGUAACCACGGACACGUACCUAGAUGUGAAGACGAUGACAUUCUCGACUGGGAGUUCGAAAUAAGUGGCCUUGUCGAAAACCCCAUCAAGAUGAACGUGCGGGAUCUCAUCAACGACUACCAGCAAUUGACUUAUCCAGUGACGUUCGUGUGUGCUGGAAACCGUCGCAAAGAGCAGAACAUUGUACGGAAAACCAAGGGCUUCUCUUGGGGACCGGCCGGCCUGUCAACAGCUCUCUGGACCGGUGUUGCUAUAGGAGAUCUCCUUUCUGCGGCGAAACCUAAGCGCGGAGCCCGGUAUGCUUGCUUCGAGGGAGCAGACAAGUUACCCAAUGGCUAUUAUGGUACAUCCAUCAAGCUCAACUGGUGCAUGGAUCCUAACAGAGGUGUCAUGGUGGCUCACAAGAUGAAUGGCAACCCCCUACCUCCAGACCAUGGCAAGCCUGUUCGUAUCGUCAUUCCUGGACAGAUCGGCGGUCGAAGCAUUAAGUGGCUUAAGAAGAUUACUAUCACUCAAGAGCCUAGCGAUAACUGGUAUCACAUAUAUGACAACCGUGUCCUACCCACCAUGAUCUCACCUGAAGAGAGCGCAAACUUGCCUGAGGUCUGGAAAGAUGAGAAAUACGCCAUUUACGACCUCAGCACGAAUAGUGCCAUUUGUUACCCUGCCCAUGAAGAGAAGGUGCCAUUCACGGAUGCUCCGGCAAGCUAUAAGGUGCGAGGUUAUGCCUACAGUGGUGGCGGAAGACGUAUUACAAGAGUUGAGGUUACCCUUGAUAAGGGUAAAUCUUGGAGACUCGCCAACAUCAGAUACCCUGAGGAUGACUACCGCAACGCCCCUGAAGGUGAUACUCUGUAUGGGGGGCGUGUCGACAUGUGGUGGCGCGAGACAUCCUUCUGUUGGUGCUUCUGGGACCUUGACAUUCCUCUGGAUGAGUUGAAGAGUGCAGACGACAUCAUGAUGCGUGCUAUGGACGAGUCCAUGAACGUGCAGCCUCGAGAUAUGUACUGGAGCGUACUGGGCAUGAUGAACAACCCGUGGUUCCGCAUCGUGAUCCACAAGGAGGAUCAUGCACUUCGCUUCGAGCAUCCCACUCACGCUACCCUGAAGAUCAAAGGUUGGAUGGAGCGGGUCAAGGAGGCCGGUGGUGAUCUCACUAACGGCUACUGGGGUGAGAAGGCCCCUGGCGAAGUUCAAGAGGUCGUGGUAAAGGAGCCCGAGAAGCAGAUCUGCAUGACCAACCCUCAGAUCAAUCGAAAGAUCACCAUAGAAGAGCUCAAGGCUCAUAGUGGUGAAGAAGAGCCUUGGUUCGUUGUCAAGGGCGAAGUGUACGAUGGCACUCCUUACCUCUCUGGUCACCCUGGUGGUGCAGCAUCAAUCUUUGGUGCCGCUGGUCAAGAUGCUACUGAAGAAUUUAUGGCCAUUCACAGCGAAAAUGCAAAAGCCAUGCUGCCCACAUACCACAUUGGCACUCUCGAUGAAGUAUCCCGUGCCAUUCUCAGUGGCGAUGCUACCAAGACGAACGACGACGCAGACCGAGAAGUGUUCCUCCAAGCCAAGACAUGGAGCAAGGCUAUUCUCGACAAGAAGACAUCCAUCUCACCAGAUACCAAGAUCUUCUCCUUCAAGCUCAACCACGAAGCCCAGAAGAUUGGCCUCCCCACUGGCCAGCAUCUUAUGAUGCGUCUCCGCGACCCUGCCACCCGCGAGGCUAUCAUCCGCUCAUACACACCAUACUCCGACGGCUCAGAUUGUGGCCGUCUGGAUAUUCUUAUCAAGAUCUACUACGAUACUCCCCAGCGCAAGGGUGGUGUUAUGACACAAGCACUCGAUGCCCUUCCCAUUGGCCACUGGGUUGACUUUAAGGGACCUACGGGCAAAUUCGUCUAUCAUGGCAAUGGCCUCUGCACGAUUAAUGAGAAAGAACGCCGUGUUCGCCGUUUCAUCAUGGUGUGUGGUGGUUCUGGCAUUACUCCUAUCCGCCAAGUACUCCGCGCUGUUAUGCAUAAUCCCAAAGACACGACGCCAUGUCUGGUCUUCAACGGCAACCGGAGUGUGAACGAUAUUCUCUGCAAGGAGGAGCUCGAAGAACUGGAGGCUGCCAAUCCUUCAAGAUGCCGAGUCGUUAAUGCCCUCUCUGAUCCACCACCCGAAUGGAAUGGCCUCAAGGGCUUCGUGAACCAAGCCCUGGUUCCCGAAUACAUGGAUCUGCCUAAGGCAAGUGGUGAAGGCGACGAGUUGGUGCUUGUUUGUGGACCUCCACCGAUGGUUAAGGCUGUUGAGGCCUCAUUUCUGGGCAUGGGUUUCAAAUCAGAUGAUUUUGUAUUCUUCUGAAGGAUCUUCAGGGUGAUAAUCUGACAGUCAAAGUGGACUGCUUACAUAUUUCACGAUGUUACUUUACAGGGAGGCGUGAGGCAAAUGGCGUUUAGAGGUUAGAUUAUUUUUUUGGGAUUCUUUGGCAACUCUAUAAAAUCAGAGUUCGAGUAACGUACGUAU